AUGGCGGCUAAUGUUUCUGCUGGAAACAUUCAUCAUUUCCAUCUUCCGGGUCAGGGACAAGAUUCAUUGAGUUCUGGUUUUACUUUCAGGGCAAAUCCAUUCAAAGAGAUCUCUUGGUCAAGUGGCGUAUCUAAGUCUCUAAAGGCUGAGAGAUGUGGUUGUUACUCUCGUGGUGUGUCCGCCAUCAACGAGAGCUCGAGGCUUUGUAAAAGUAUCAGGGCAGUAUUGGGAUCGUCUUCGACAAAGUAUUAUGAUUUCACUGUGAUUGGUAGUGGAGUGGCGGGUUUGCGUUAUGCUUUGGAAGUUGCAAAGCAAGGGACAGUAGCAGUGAUUACCAAAGAUGAGCCUCAUGAGAGUAACACAAACUAUGCUCAAGGUGGUGUUAGUGCUGUCUUGUGCCCUUUGGAUUCUGUUGAAAGUCAUAUGCAGGACACAAUUGUCGCCGGUGCUCAUCUUUGUGACGAAGAAACCGUUAGAGUUGUGUGUACAGAAGGGCCUGAAAGGAUUCGUGAACUUAUUGCGAUGGGAGCGUCAUUUGAUCACGGCGAGGAUGGAAACUUGCAUUUGGCAAGAGAAGGUGGUCACUCGCAUCGUAGGAUCGUUCACGCAGCUGAUAUGACUGGAAGAGAGAUUGAGAGAGCUUUACUUGAAGCCGUACUUAACGAUCCCAACAUAUCCGUCUUCAAACACCAUUUCGCAAUCGAUCUACUCACUUCUCAGGAUGGUUUGAACACAGUUUGUCAUGGUGUUGACACUUUGAAUAUCAAUACAAAUGAGGUAGUACGUUUUAUAUCGAAGGUGACAUUGCUUGCUUCAGGUGGAGCUGGGCAUAUAUAUCCAUCAACCACAAAUCCUCUGGUGGCUACUGGAGAUGGGAUGGCUAUGGCUCAUCGAGCUCAAGCUGUGAUCUCAAAUAUGGAAUUUGUGCAGUUUCAUCCUACUGCCUUAGCUGACGAAGGUCUUCCCAUCAAACCACAAACUGCUAGAGAAAACGCGUUCCUCAUCACCGAGGCCGUGAGAGGUGAUGGCGGCAUCCUCUACAAUCUAGGAAUGGAGCGGUUCAUGCCCGUUUACGAUGAACGAGCUGAGCUUGCUCCAAGAGAUGUGGUUGCAAGAAGCAUUGAUGACCAGCUCAAGAAACGGAACGAAAAGUAUGUGUUACUUGACAUAAGCCAUAAGCCGAGAGAAAAGAUUGUUGCCCAUUUCCCUAACAUAGCUUCCGAAUGCCUUAAACACGGUCUGGAUAUCACCCGUCAGCCUAUCCCGGUUGUGCCUGCGGCUCAUUACAUGUGUGGAGGCGUUCGUGCUGGUUUACAAGGCGAAACCAAUGUCCUUGGAUUGUUUGUAGCAGGUGAAGUAGCGUGUACUGGUCUCCACGGGGCAAACCGGCUUGCUAGUAACUCACUUUUAGAAGCUCUGGUUUUCGCGAGACGAGCUGUUCAGCCUUCGACUGAGCUCAUGAAACGCACAAGACUUGAUCUGAGCGAUUCAGAAAAAUGGACAAGGCCUGUUGUUGCGACAGCUCGAACGUUAGGAGACGAAGUUAUCUCAAAGAUUCUAGCUUUGACUAAAGAAGUGAGAAGAGAGCUUCAGGCAGUGAUGUGGAAGUAUGUUGGUAUCGUCAGAUCGACCAAUCGGCUCAAUACCGCCGAGAGGAGAAUCGCUGAGCUAGAAGCGAAAUGGGAAACGUAUUUGUUCGAACAUGGAUGGGAACAAACAGUGGUAGCUCUUGAAGCUUGUGAGAUGAGGAACUUGUUCUGUUGCGCUAAGCUUAUCGUGAGCAGUGCGUUAGCCAGACACGAAAGCCGUGGUCUCCAUUACACGACGGAUUUUCCUUUUGUGGAAGAAAGCAAGCGGAUUCCGACUAUUAUUCUCCCAUCUUCUCCUACAACAGCUAGCUGGAGCUCAAGGCAGUUACAGAAUUUAAGCAGCAGCUCACUUAUUGAUUGUUAA